CCUCCCCGUCGCGUCGCCCAUCAUCGCCGCUCUCCCAUUCGCCGGGACGCUCCUCUGUGGGCUAUGCAAAUGUGCUCGGGCACGCGUCGCUUUAUUCCGAAGCCCACCACCACCAGCAGCAGCAUCAGCAGCAGCAGCAUCAUCAGCAGCAGCAUCAUCAUCAGCAGCAUCAUCAUCAGCAGGGUUUUGUGCCGUCGCUUGCCGAGCCGCAACAUUAUCGUGCUAUCGGGUUGCCACGUGUAAAACUCAGCCUCUUCCUUCCCCAGACUCUUUCCAUGUUCACGCCUCUGCCCGCAGCCUGUGCGAGGCAGCCUCUUCUCUCGUCACAGCAGACACACUUGGCAGGCAGGCAGGCAGAGGAACACCCCGCAGACAACGAGAGACGCGAACACCGCCAGACCACUGCGUGCAGGACAGGGAAAAGUAACUGUAGACACUGGCACAGAGAUAUCGAUACGUAGCGCAGACAACGAGAUAGACGCGUGGGGAUACAUGAGAGACGGUGGGGGGGGGGGAGCGAGAGAGACAAAAUACAGAGAGACAGGUGGCGGUGGCUAGGAGGGACGCCGAGAGAGGGAGACUGCGGGACACGCUGAACAGCGCUACGGGAAGGAGGAGGAAGAGUUUGUUUGUGUUGACUCCAGAGGAGUUUGUUUGUGUUGACUCAAGAGGAGGCGACUUGUCUGGGGGGUACACACGGAACACGCACGGUGGUGGUGGUUGGGGUGUACGCCGACCCUGCAACCCGCACCGAGACGACUCCCGGGCCCACCGACAAACCCAGCAGGCAGCAGCAGGAGCAGCAGCAGGAGCAGCAGCAGCGCUGUGGUGCCGCUGUUGUUGUAGUGGCUGUGUUGUGUCCGCUCGGCCGUCUCCACCACCGCCGCCACACACUCCCUUGCUCUCUGCGCGGUUUGUGACAUUUCCUCGCCUCCACUAGAGACGACGACCACCAGCCGCUACUGGCGGCUGUGACAGCAGCAACAACAACAGCAACAACAAGAGCAGCAACAACAGCAGCAGCAACAACAACAUCAACAACAACAGCAACAACAUCAGCAGCAACAAAAACAACAACAGCAACAAAAACAACAACAGCAACAACAACAGCAGCAGCAGCAUCGUGAGUGGGAGGCUGCUUGCGCGCACUUGUGAGUGUUCACAGAGCCGACUUGCCAGCGACGUCGUGGACAUGUCGGGGGACAUGUUCCUCGCCAAGAAGGCGGCGGCGAGUUUGCAGUUCCACAACGCGGAGAACGACGCGAGGAUCAGCCGCGGCAAGAGCACGGACUGGCAAGGUCUCUACUCCACCAUCAGGGAGAGGAACGCGGUGAUGUUCAACAGCGAGAUGAUGGCCGACGUGCACUUUGUGGUGGGGCCGCCCGGAGCCACCAAGCGCAUCCCCGCACACAAGUACGUGCUGGCGGUGGGCAGCUCGGUGUUCUACGCCAUGUUCUACGGCGGCCUCGCCGAGACCGGCCACGAGGUUCACAUCCCCGACGUGGAGCCGACGGCGUUCCUCGUGCUGCUCCGGUACCUCUACUGCGACGAGAUGGAGCUGGACGCCGACACGGCGCUGGCCACGCUGUACGCCGCCAAGAAGUACCUGGUGCCGGACCUCGCGCGGGCGUGCGUGGCCUUCCUGGAGACGGAGCUGAGCGCCGCCAACGCGUGCACGCUGCUGUCGCAGGGCCGCCUCUUCGGCGAGCCGGAGCUGACGCAGCACUGCUGGGAGGUGGUGGACGCGCAGGCCGAGCUGGCGCUGCGCUCCGAGGCGUUCCGCGAGCUCGACGAGGCCACGCUGGCCAGCGUCGUGGCUCGCGACACCCUCAACGCGGCCGAGGCCACCGUCUUCGAGGCCGCCCUCGGCUGGGCCGAGGCCGAGUGCGCCCGCCGGGGCCUGGCUCCCACGCCCGCCGGGCGGCGCCGCGCGCUGGGCGAGACCCUGCACCUGCUGCGGGUGCCCGCGAUGGGCGUGGAGGAGUUCGCCGACGUGGUGGCCCAGUCGGGGCUGCUCACGCCCACCGAGGUGAACGCCGUCUUCCUCUGGCACACGGCGCGCUUCAAGCCCUCGCUGCCCUUCCCCACGGAGGGCCGGGCGGGGCUGCCGCCGCGCCGCUGCCACCGCUUCCAGAGCUGCGCCUACCGCGGCAACCAGUGGCGCUACCGGGGCCGCUGCGACUCGAUCCAGUUCGCCGUCGACCAGCGCGUCUUCCUGUCGGGCCUCGGGCUCUACGGCUCGAGCGGCAAGCGCGCCGAGUACGGCGUCGGCCUGGAGCUCAAGCGGCAGGGCGGCGGGCUGCUGGCGCAGCGGCAGGCCGCCUUCUGCUCCGACGGCUCGUCGUCCACCUUCCCCGUCUGGUUCGAGCACCCCGUGCGGAUCGAGCCCGACGCGUUCUACACGGUGAGCGUCGUGCUGGAGGGGAGCGAACUGAGCUACUUCGGGCAGGAGGGCCUCACGGAGGUGACGUGCGGGAACGUCACCUUCCAGUUCCAGUGCUCGUCGGACAGCACGAACGGCACAGGCGUGCAGGGCGGACAGAUCCCCGAGCUCAUCUUCUACUGCUGAGGCGGACCGGGGCGUCGAGCGGAGGUCGUCAAGCGUCUCCGACGUCGGGAGUCGACGCUUUUUGUACUUCCCCCCGGAUCCGAGGCGACGUUAGUCACACGGCUGUAAUGGUGUACGGGAAUGUAGAAGUGAGCCAAAUGUCCUCGGAUGAUGAUGAUGAUGAUGAUAAUCUCGUCGAGUGAAAAACUACCGUGCUCAAAACGUGUGUUGAAAGUUAUAAUAGGCGUGUCGAGAGAAGAUUGAAUGGUUUCAUGAAAGAUUAUGGAGAUGAAGAAACUAGAUCAUUCCUGUGCGUAAAUCACUGCGUAAACAGCGCGCGAUGAUAGACUUAGCAAUUUACACUGGCCUCGUGCACGUGUCUGUGCCUCUGGAGAUGUCACGCCAUCGUUACUGGAAGAGAAUCCUUAUUUCAGCUGAAAAAUAAAUAAAAUGCCCUGUUGGGCGAAGUAAACACAAUUAUACAUAUAUAUUGUCUUGUUCUUACUGAGCACAUCGGAUUAGCAUUUCAAUCCUUGCAGUGGGUGCCGGGAUCGCGGAAAUAUCACGGCGCAGCACUCCUGCGACCAGAGGAGAUUGUCGGAAUCGCUGCUUUGCCUGUUACCAAUUGUGGCGAAUGCAUAAGUCCACUUUCACGAACGCGUUUAAAUGCUCUCAUUUAUGUUUGCAUCAUAAUGGCAUUCAUGAACUGCGUAGGAUAAGGUAAUAGAAAAUGUAUAAUUCUCUAAGUUUGCAUUUUUUUUUGCUUUCUUAGCAGUCUGCAGUAUACAUUUCUAAUUAUCCCAUUAGUGCAUUGAUCACAACUUUGUAUUAAUUGGUAAAGUCAUCAUUACAUUUGAUUCGGUGUAUUGGCAAAAAUAUUCUGAUUUGGUUCCUCCUGAAAAUAAUUUCAAUGAAGGUACUGUUACAUUUGUAUUUAAAGCUUUCGUCACUGCAGGGAUUCAUAUAAAGUCACGAAGAAGGGAAACAAUAAAAUAAUAAAAAUAUAAAACAAUAUUUUUUUAAAUAAUAAAAAAUAUUAAACAAUAUUUUUUAUUUAUUUUAUUGUUUCCCUUCUACGUGACUUUACCGAAAGAACCAAUAAUAUGAAGGUACUGUUGUUAUAUCAAUGCAGUUAAUAUAUUAAUAAACUCUUGAUGACAUUUGCUACAAACCACAUUUUCAUCUCUGUGCUUCAUAGUCAAACUGUACAAUCUAUAAGCUCCCAUGGACAAAUCUAGAACGAGAACAUUUGAUUUUCUCUUUUCUCUCCGUGUUUCCCCUUGUAGGAUCACGCGUGAUUGUGAUUUGAAUCGUUUUUUGUUCAGCCUCAGAAGUUGCUUGUGUCCCGAGUGAUGCUUAGAAUUCAUGGCUGGGCAUUGUCUCGGCCGUGCAUCUUUGGUCCGACGUGCUUUGUGUACGAGUCUAAAACAUUUCAUUUCGCUAUGCAAAAACAAAAUCCAAUUAAUCCAGACACACGCCUGCUAAGUAGGAAUGCCACUAGAACAUAACGUGUACCGCCUUUACACCUGCUGUUGUCUGUUCAUCACUGUAUCUUGUUAGUGUGCUCGCUUACACGUGCAUACGCUUAUAUGUUUAUAUAACAUCUUUGUAAUACUGUGUAAACCUGUACAGACUUAGAGCACCUUAGCGAAUUUGCGCAAUGAUUUGGUUGUAUUUAUUGUAAUAUUUUUGUAUUAAUAUAUGGAGCUUCAUUUGCGUAUGUUAGGUUGGGAAUGCUGGUUGUCGUAUUUGUAUUUUAAAAGCUGAAAAAAAUAAAAGAUAGACUAUG